CUGCUGCGAACAGAGAGGGAAAAAAGUGCAGUUGGUCGGAGCUAAGAGCGCGAGCAUCGAGCAGCAGUUGCCGACGAAGCUCGCUUCGCGCUCAUUGUCAGUGAAACUUUCUGCCGGCUCGCGCGUGUAAGCACGAUAAUCGUGCCAUUGCUUAUCAGCAAGGUGCCUAUUCGAUAGAACGAUACCGAUGACUUUGAAACGAAUCGUGCGCUAACUGCCGCGGCGCUCGCCGUGGCUCACAAUAAAAGACGCGCGAUAAUUGCCUAAUAUGCCAUGACGCUGGCAUGAUAUAUCGCGCGAUUGAGUUAUUCGUUCGCAUUUUUUUUUCGUGACUCAGCGGCGCAGAUUCACGAUGAUGUAACGCACAAAAAGUAACGAGAAAUAGCACCGAGAGCGGAAAAGUGUGUUUAAUAUACAGUGUGUGUGAUAACUGUAAUAGUACAUAGUGAAAUAAUUAUAAUCACAAAGGAGCCAUUGCUUCCUUCAGUAAGCGCUAUUAUCGUAGUGUUGCUGAUAAUGAACGUGCAUGCAUGUUAGUGCUGUUGCUAUUUUGUUGAAGCAACGAGAAGAUCUGGUUGGCGUCUUGAGAUGUUUAUAAUCUGUAAUAAAGUUAACAAAUUUUUUCUCUCCAUGUGCGUCAGCAAGAUCGUUGAUCAGUAUUACAGCUCAAACUGAUGUAUAACACGCUUACGCAGCGGCCCGAUGUCAUAUCCCAAUUGUAUUUUGUGUUCGAAAGGACGACGGUGAUCACUAAGAUCGCACGACAGCAAUACGGUUUGACAAAGACAAUUCGACGGUUUCUAGCGUAGCGAACGUCAUGUCAAUGAAUCAUGAAUAUUAUACUAGAAAUGGAUCUCAUGUUCAAGCCGUGUAUCGCGAAUGAACCGGAUAUUACAUCCGGAAUGGAUAACGCGACGCAAAAAGAUUCGGUCGACAAAGUCUCGAAAAAUGAGAUAGCGUCCGAGACUCGAGUAAUACCUGACAUUGAUGUCGACACGCCUAUCAGAAAACUACAACGGAAACCUCACGUGAAUAAGCAAAGAAGACAUCACGUCACGAUACCGGCGAUUGAGCGUGAUAUGUCGGAAAAGAAAUUCGAGCAGAACGUGGGUGAAACGGAAAGCGAUUCUAACAAAGAUAUUCGGGGAGAAGAAGACUCGAAAGAGUCAACUAGGGUCGCUGUGACUAGAAAGCCGUCUGCGAUCGAAAAUGCGAUCGAAGAACCAACGAAGGAUGAAAUGACUGAAGGAACAUCCGCCGAACGAGAUCUUAUAACUAAGAGGAUGAUAUCGAGUAUUCCUGAGGGUGAAAGAUCAAAAUUGGAUCAAGCAUCGGCCAAAGAAAGAAUUUCGAAAACUCGAGAGCAAGAAUCGUCCGCUGAUAAGGAGUCCAGGAUGCAAAAGAGGAAAGUGAAAGAUUCACUCAAAGGCUUUAUCGAGCGGAAGAUCGAGUUGAUGGAGAAAAUAGUGGAAGAUCGUGUAGAGCGAUUCUCGGGGAAAAUUUGGGAAGAAAACGUGGAGAGACACCCGUGGCUACAACCGAUCGACACUUGGAUCACCGAUCAUCGCAAACCUGCUUCUAGCUAUACACUUGCGACGUAUGAUCAACGAAAUGAUGAUCAGGAUAUCGUGUUGAAGCCCACUGCGUACAAGUGCGAGACAAUCAAGGAGGAUGAAGAGCCGCUGAUUGAUAGCAAGACGACCGAACAUCCGCGAGGAUUACGAGGAACCGAUUUCGAGACUUUAAUUGCGCAAUCGAAAAAGAAGAUCCUCCCCACGUUUCGUGUAGAAUAUCGGGAAGAAGAGGUGUCGAUCGAUGUAUCGAACGAACCCACCGGGGAAGCGAAAGAGACCAAACGCCACAACAGCGAUCUUUUGGAUAAGAUAAAGGACAACGUUAAAGAGAAAAUGGAGGGUAUUCAUAAGUAUUUCCAGAAGACCAAUCGAUUGGCGGAUGUAAAUAGACGGCUAAAAUCGCAGAUAUGGAGUUCAGUGGUAACGAUUGUUCUCGUGGAGGCAAAGAAUUUGUUGCCAAUGGACAUAGACGGUUUGUCGGAUCCAUACGUCAAGUUUCGGCUCGGCACGGAGAAAUACAAAUCGAAAGUCGUUAACAAAACCCUGAAUCCGGUCUGGCUCGAGCAGUUCGACUUGCAUCUCUACGAGGAUCCGUAUCUGGGUCAAGAGUUGGAAGUGACUGUCUGGGAUCGGGACAGGAGUCAUCAGGACGACCUAAUGGGAAGGACGGUGAUCGAUCUGGCGACUCUCGAGCGAGAAACCACGCAUCGGUUAUGGCGUGAACUCGAGGACGGUUCCGGUAAUAUUUUUCUAUUGUUGACGAUUAGUGGCACUACCGCCAGUGAGACCAUUAGCGAUUUGGCUGCGCAUGAAGACACGCCGUUCGAACGCGUGCAAUUGGUCCAGAGGUAUUCCAUCUUGAACACUCUACAGAAGAUACGCGACGUCGGCCAUUUGACGGUCAAGGUAUAUCGCGCACAAGGUCUUGCAGCUGCCGAUCUUGGAGGCAAAAGCGACCCGUUCUGUGUUCUCGAACUCGUGAAUGCUCGAUUACAGACGCAAACGGAAUAUAAAACUCUUGCACCAAACUGGCAAAAAAUUUUCACUUUUAACGUGAAGGAUAUCAAUUCCGUGCUGGAGGUAACGGUGUACGACGAAGAUCGAGAUCACAAGGUGGAGUUUCUCGGGAAAGUGGCGAUACCAUUGCUGAAGAUUCGCAACGGUGAGAAAAGAUGGUACGCAUUGAAGGACAAAAAGCUGAGGGGUCGCGCGAAAGGAAACUGCCCCCAAAUUCUAUUGGAGAUGACGGUAGUGUGGAACAUGCUCAGGGCAUGCGUGAGAACGCUCAAUCCAAUGGAGAAGAAAUAUAUGGAACCGGAAGUGAAAUUCAAGAGACAAGUCUUUUUGCGAAACGUGCUCCGGCUCAAAGCUAUUAUCGUCAUAUUCAUUGACAUAGGAAAAUACAUACAGAGCUGCUGGGAAUGGGAAAGCAAAAUGAGGAGCGUCUUUGCCUUGGUCAUCUUUAUCUUUGGAUGUUAUUAUUUUGAGCCAUAUAUGAUACCGGCUGUGGCAUUGCUGAUUCUUCUUAAAUAUUACUUGCUUAGCGGCGAGAGGAGCGGGUUCAAUCAUUGGAUUUGCGGGCAGGUCGCUGUAGUGACGGGCGCACCUUUGAUUUACGCGAGUUCGCAGUUUCAAGAUCACGCUGAGCUCGGAUCAGACGAUUGUCCAUUGACGCCGGGGGAUGAUGACGACGAUGAGGACGACAAGGAUAAAGAGGAGAAGAAAAGCUUGAAGGAGCGUUUGCAAGCGAUUCAAGAGGUUACGCAGACCGUUCAAAAUUCAAUCGGCUACAUAGCCAGUCUGUGCGAGAAGGUGAAGAAUCUCUUCAACUUCACGAUUCCAUAUUUAAGUUACCUAGCGAUGAUCCUGGCGAUCAUCGGCGCGGUUGUGCUCUAUUUCAUUCCUGUCCGAUAUUUAAUCCUCGCCUGGGGCGUCAAUAAGUUCUCUAGGAAAAUCCUCAGGCCUCAUUCCGUGCCCAACAACGAGCUCCUCGAUCUUAUAUCUAGAGUGCCUGACGACGAGGAGCUGCUUAAUUAUAGAGAACUGAAGCCCGUGCCGACGGCAGAUUGCGAGAAAGGCGGUACCUCAGGAAGUCCUGGCACGAACACAACGCGGAGAGAGCAAAGAAAAAGGCACAAAGUAGCGUAGCAGAAUCUCCCGCGGCCGGAAGUCGCGGGUCCACGGUCGUACAGUUUCCUUAAAACAGUCCUGCGUCGGAAGCUCCGUCAGCGAAAAGGAUCAGUGGAGAAUGCGGAUGUGAUCGACAUAGACUGAAUAUAUUUCAUUUCAUAUCCCUCCCCCUCUCCCAAUGCAUCGUGAAAAUUUUGAAUCUAAUAUUGGACAUUAACGAAGUUAAGUAAAGUUUCCUUCUCGAGAGAAGAAACGAUAUGAAAAAAAUAUAUUAUUGAUUGACAAAAUGUCCGAAAUGCUGCAAGAAAAAUGCAGGCGGAUUCGUCAAUAAAAAUAAGAUAAUUUUUUAAUCGCGAUAGAAUUGAAGUAUAUGAAAUGGAACGUGUCGCAAAAAUGUCUGAAAAACGAUGACAUUCGUGUCUUGAUUAGAUAGAAGAAGUAUGCAUCGAAUGAAAAAUUAUAUAUCGAAUAUUGAAUUAUUCCGUCGUAAAUGUACAAUAAUGAACAUUUCAUACAUCUCUAAUUGCUCCGAAUUGCUGUGCUACUAACGAUAUGUAUAAAAGUACAAUCAGUGAA